GCGUCCACGGUUUUGGUACUGUGCGGAUCCCGCUCGAUGCCACCCGGUGUCCACUGCAACCGGGAUUUGAAACGGUUCUCUUGCAGCUGAUUUGAUGAAGGGCUCAUUUCUGAGCAAUUUGGGCCAGUGAUAGAACCACUGUCGAAGCCAGUUUAUUGCUUUCUAGCGUACGGUUAAAGUUCUCACAACGUGAGACAAAUCCUGGCUAUUUAGUGUUUUGUGCCCUUCCAUUACGAUGAAGAAACUUGAAACAUUUGCCUGCCUUCUUUGGAUGGACGUCUGAUGCCCUGCUUUAAGAUGGCACGCACGUCCCGUUGAGUGAGGGCCCAAUAUCGCCUUCUGUGGAUCGAUCUCCAUGGCCAUUCCCGACGACAUCCUCCUCGCGGAUGCCGCGGGGACGAUCCCUCCUGGGAUGUCGCUCGAGUACCUCGCUGAGUCGCGCGAUCGCCCGGCCCUUGUAGCCAUCAUAUUCCUGGUGUGCUUCACUGGGGCGAUUAUGAUAGUUCGCCUCUAUGCACGGAUAUGGCUUGUCAAGAGACUCGGCUUAGACGAUGCUCUGGCCAUUCUCACCAUGUUGAUUUAUAUCUCCUUUGUCAUCCUCUCCGUCGUUUUGAUCGAACUGGGAAGUGGCCGUCAUAUGGACUACAUCCAGUAUGUCCUGGCGAUGCCAACCGUGCGCCAGACCCAGGUUUUGGAUUUCGUCGCGCAUGUUCUCUACACGACUGCUUUGUUCUUUUGUCGACUAUCGGGUUUGGCUUUCUAUCACCGACUGGCUGCGCGCUCCAGCAAAUUACACCUCUCGAUUAAAAUUGCAGCCGGCUUCCUACUCGCCGCAUACCUGCCUCAGCUGUUUCUAUUAAUAUUCCACUGUCGACCUGUAACCGGGCUAUGGCCUUACCCUUGGCAGGAGGAACCCAUCAGUUACACCUGUUUGACUUGGGGGCUGGUCUAUUCUGUUAACUCGGCAGUCUCCCUGACCUGCGACGUGCUCAUGUUCGUCAUCCCCACCAUCCUCAUCAAGGAGCUCCAUGUCUCGCUGAAGCGGAAAGCCCAGCUCUCCCUCGUUAUGUUCCCUGGUGUCCUUGUCAUUGUCAUUUCUGCCGUCCGCGUUUACUUUGUAGCCAUCGGCCAAUGGACGGAUGACGGCAGUUGGGCCUACAAUCCCAUGAUGGCCAUUGAGAAUGCUGAGAUUGCCGGCACCUUGACUGCGCUGUCUGUGCCGGCCCUGAAACCGGUGUUUGGGAAUAUAUUUACCCAGCUGACCGAGUACUCGCUCUCCACGCGCAAUCGGUCUGGGAUGCCAAGUCAAUCGAAGCCUUCUUCCGGGCUAAGGUCUAGGGCUAGAGACAGCAAGCGUCUGUUGUCCUUUUCCAAACAUGGCUAUGAUGACUAUGAGAUGAUGGGUUCGGAGACUAAUAUACCCCCAAGCGGUCCGGUACAAUCAUCGGAGCCGGGUACCGCGCGAGAUAAAAGCAUUGGGGUAACCACAGAGGUCGCCAUUUUUCAUGGACAACAGGCGGACCAGAGACAUAUUGUAUAGUGAAAAAGUAAUGACAACUGCUGUAGAAUCCCUGCUAGAUCUCCUAAAGGCAUAGACCUGAAAAGAAUACCCCUUGUGUUUUUUAUUUUUAUUUUUAUUUUUUU